AAUAAUGAUCGUCAUCCUUUCUAUAAAAUGAAACUCAUGUUUUACACUGAGUGCUGAUUGUCUGUAAAGAACUAGAGAUAAUUAAUUACAUUUCUGGAAGCAAGGAUGAGAAUCCACCAAGCUGGAUUUUUAUGAAAGAUACUAAUAAUUUUAAUUGAUUAGUAGGGAAAAGCACUAUCAGGACACUGCAAAUGGUGCAGUGGAACAAAAUAUUGACAGGAGAAAAUAAACAUCUAGAUGAGAUUCAGGAACAACCAAAGCAUUUACUGAUGGAGAAAAACGUGGACGGUUGUUCUGUGGAUGGCUUAGGCUCCGGUUUCUCGCGAGGUAGAUGCUUAAAGAAUGCUUUUACUGCCCCAGUUACACCGUCCUCCUUCUCCAUCGCCUUGGCAAGUUCAACUGCUCGUUCUUUCAUCUGACAAUGAUUAUUGGUAAGUUCAUUGAGAAAUGCAUUGCCAGAACAAAAUAUCUAGAAAUUUGCAGGGUUGGGCAGGAUCCAUUCCAGUUCCAGGGUGAAUUUAAAGUAGCAAGCAUUUACAAAUUUCUCAGAGAAAGGUACUAAACUGGCAAAUAGAUCUUAAACAAAUCAGAAAUUCUAGAAAAUACCAACAUAUGGCUACCUCCUUCAGAAGUUCCCUCGUCAUAUUUUUCUCACAAUGCCCAAACAUAUAUAAGGCUGGAAACUCAUGCCCAGAUAUCAAAAUUCAAAAUUACCUCUGGCUUCAACAUGAUCUCUAUUGCAUUAAUUAAUUUCUGAAGAGAGAAUUCCUCAACUGGUAUAGAUGGAGGCCCCAGUCCUCUGGCAUGCACCCGCUCUCCCCAGAAAGGUUGGUCACCAAAGAAAGGUACGAUAGUUGUUGGGCACUACAUUUGCAAAUACAUUGAAGGAUAAAAAAUAAGGUGUGAGGGAUCAGCAAAAAACCAAAAGCAAUCAUAAGGCAAAGAAUGCCGGCUUGUAGAACUAAAAGUGUAAAGGUAUAUUCUUGGUCAUUACAGCAGCUUUAAGGCCAGCAGCUGUUGUUCCAGCACCUCCAUGAUGAACCUGAAAGCAUAUUGCACAAAACAAUAAGAUCAUUCCAUCAAGAAAGAGGGUCAGUGACAGGGCAUGGAGGAACCAAGAUUGAGGCAAAGAAUGAAAAUUUCAUGUUAGCAUCCCUCAGGGAUUAAAAAGUUAUAAUAUUGGGGCUCAUAAUGAUAGCAAUUUUUCUUGCUGAACGCAGGCUUGUCAUCCAUCUGAAGUGCAACUAAUUUUUACUUUAGGUGACAUCUUUUGAAAGAGGCUGUGAAAAACCAGUCCGGACUGGCAGCCACUUUCUCCUUUUUGAAAUUCCCAUGUUACCUUUAUAAAAAAUAAAAAUAAAUAAAUAAAUAACCCCACUUCAA